GCCAUGGCGGCGGUCGGCAAGAAGGCGGUGUACCCCUUGUACCAGCUGGGUGGCCCCCAGCUGCGGAUUUUCCGCCCCAACUUCUUCAUGCUGGCGGUGCGGCCCGGCGUGCCGCAGCCUGAGGACACCGUGCAGUUUCGCGUCUCUAUGGAAAUGACAAAAGUGGAUAUCAAGAAUUACCUUGAGAAAAUCUAUAAUGUGCCAGUAGCUGCUGUGAGGACCAGGAUACAGUACGGUGCAAACAACAAGAGAAACCAUAGGAAUCAGAGAGUGAAGAAGCCAGAUUACAAGGUCGCCUACGUACAGCUGGGUCAAGGGAAAACCUUUCAGUUUCCCAACCUAUUUCCAGAGAAAGAAGACUCGGAAGCUGAGGCCUUUGAUGACUUCAGGAAGAAGUUCAUGGAGAAAGAGCAGCAGAGCCAGAAGGGUGACCCCAGACGAGGCGGAGUCCCCGAUUGGUUUGGACUUUGAUGCAAGAAGCCAGCUGCCUUUCUUUAGGCCUGAGGGAUUUUAAUCAGUAGAACUUGCACUCUUCUCAGAAUGACUGAGGGUUUAUUCCUGAGCAGUGCUUGCUAGUGUGUUUUUUUUUCCUGGCUGUUUAUGCUCGACUGCAACAAAAUGGCCCUAAAGAAAUAAAAAGG